CCAGCUGUUUCACCAGGCAUGUUAGUGCAGUGCUGAUUGACAUUUCUUUACUGCAAUCAAAAGAGAGUCUGAGUUAUUCUCGGCUCUGGUUGGUCGACGCGCCUUUUGGAGGCGUGUAUUGGAAGUUGAAUCCGAAUCCAGCUGUGAAUUGGUUCGCAUGAGCGGAUUCGUGCUAUAGACCGUUUUGCCGACUGGAAGAAUCGUUGGAGACUUGAGUCUUUUCAAAAUAAUGGACAAGACUUCAGCAUAGGGAGCUCUCUUUUACACAUCGUUUUAGAACGAGCUUAAUGUUUUUUUGUCUUUUCAUGUGCAGACAGAAAAGCUCUGCCUGCAUCUUCAGACAAGACUCUGAAGGAUUUUACUUAUUAUCUAAGGAUCUAUGAGUGUAAUCGUUGUUAAUUCGUGUGAAAAUUAGAUACUGCGGUGAUCCACAGAAAAAGAAAAAAUCCUAAAUUCAUAUCCAUUACUACUUUUAAGUGCGCGCACACGGAGAAACAGGAGCGGAGCGCGCAAUUGGGGAUUGGGAAGCAGUUUUUACAGGACUUGCCUUGGUUUUAUCAGGUUGUUGGUCAUCGAAAUACAAUGUUGAAAUCUUAACAUGAUGUCCAAGUCACUGAGAUACCCAUAAACCUGCUCGCGCUGUAAGUGCCACCUGGAAACUCAGCCUGCGAGCUCCAUCAGAUCCUAUUCAGAACCAUCAUUUGGACUGCUUUCGCAACAGAAAUGAUCAUGCGAUGAGUGAGCUCGAUCUGGGCUUAUUGUCAAAAGCAAUUACAGGGGGUGAAUGAUGGCUGAAGAUGGAGGAAUUAUCUCCGAGGACAAUCAGCUGAACGAAGCAGAGGGAAGCUCCUCGCUUCCAAGGACUUUUAUACCACUUAAUGACCUGUCCGGUGGCGGUGUGCGCAGUGAGCUCGAGUCUGAUGGAGGUGAAAGGCGGGAGAGCGCAGCCGGAGGAGCGGCAGAGGAGACGUCCGCUAGCGACGGUGAAGCUUUGCCCUAUCCUUCCUUGGCACCGGUUGUGUUUUUCUAUCUGAAGCAGACCACGCGUCCAAGGAGUUGGUGCCUGAAAAUGGUUUGCAAUCCGUGGUUCGAGAGGGCCAGUAUGCUGGUGAUCCUGCUGAACUGUGUUACUCUGGGGAUGUUUCACCCGUGCGAGGACAGCCACUGUGACUCAGAGCGAUGCAAGAUACUGGAGGACUUUGAUGAUUUCAUCUUUGCUUUUUUUGCCGUGGAGAUGGUAAUCAAGAUGGUUGCACUGGGUAUCUUUGGGAAAAAGUGUUACCUUGGAGACACCUGGAAUCGGCUAGACUUCUUCAUUGUGUUGGCUGGGAUGCUGGAAUAUUCUCUCAACCUGCAGAAUGUUAGUUUCUCUGCGGUCCGAACAGUCAGAGUACUUCGACCUCUUCGGGCUAUCAACCGAGUUCCCAGUAUGAGAAUCCUGGUGACGCUUCUACUUGACACUCUCCCCAUGCUGGGCAAUGUGCUGCUGCUUUGCUUCUUUGUUUUCUUCAUCUUUGGGAUCGUUGGAGUUCAGCUGUGGGCCGGGCUUCUCCGCAACCGCUGCUUCUUACCUGAAAACUUCUCCCUACCUACCAGCCUAGAACUUCGCAAGUACUACCACACAGAAAACGACGAUGAAAACCCGUUUAUCUGCUCCCAACCAAGGGAGAACGGCAUGCGUCUGUGCACCUCCGUCCCCACGCUCCAUGAGGAGGGCCGGCAGUGCCAGCUGGACAUGGCAUCUUACAAUAGCACAGACAACACCACCUGCGUCAACUGGAACAAGUAUUACACCAACUGCUCCGCCGGAGAGGCCAAUCCCUUCAAGGGGGCCAUAAACUUUGAUAACAUUGGAUAUGCCUGGAUUGCCAUCUUUCAGGUUAUUACUCUGGAGGGCUGGGUGGACAUCAUGUACUUUGUUAUGGAUGCUCACUCCUUCUACAAUUUCAUAUACUUCAUCCUCCUGAUAAUAGUGGGCUCGUUCUUCAUGAUCAACCUUUGUCUAGUUGUCAUAGCGACACAGUUCUCCGAGACCAAGCAACGAGAGAGUCAGCUGAUGAAGGAGCAGCGAGUUCGCUUUAGGUCCAACGCCAGCACUCUCAACAGCUACUCCGAGCCUGGAAGCUGCUAUGAUGAGCUGCUCAAAUACCUGGUCCACGUCAUCCGCAAAGGCACCAGACAAAUCGCUCACCUCAUCCGGGCUGCGGGUCGCCGUGCAGGCCUGAGGAUCUGUGCUUCUCCACCUCUGGAAGCACCACCCACUAAAAGACGUCGGCAAAAGCAGCGUCAGGGAUCUAUUCGUCACAUCAUGCACCAUCACCACCACCACCUCCACCAUCACUAUCAUUUGGGCAAUGGGAGUGUCCGAUCUGACGGGGGACGAGAGGUGGACAAUCCUUCGCAGAGUGGCAUUGUCAACAAAAGUGGCAAUGUCAAUCUAAUGCUACCUGUUAUUGUCCCUCAGCAGGACGCCUUUAGUGGGUCUUUUGGCCACAGUAGUGCCGAAUCGGUACAUAGUGUUUAUCAGGUCUCGGGUCACCUUGAGCCACUUCGCUGUGGCCCUUCACCGUCUCCCACAGUUCUUCAUGCGUAUAAGAGGAACUCAGUGCCCUUUGCAGCUCCAGUACAUAAGAACUACCCCACUUUACAGUCAUCUCUGGCCUUAGAGCAGCUCAGACAGAGAAUCCUGGAUCCUGCUAGUGUCCUUACCAGCCUGAACAUACCACCAAAUCCCAUCAACACCUCACAGUGCCUGGUGGAGACUCAAGGUCCUCCUGGCAAGGUCAUCUCAAAGGAUGCCCUCAUGAACUGCAGUAGCACAAACAUAGACACAGCUCUGACCUAUGACCCUGAAACCUGUCCAUAUUGUGCCAAAUCAAUGGCCAAUGACUCUGAGGGAAUAGAUGGUAAUGAGACGGCAGACUCUGACAGUGAGGGUGUCUAUGAGACACAAGUUGCCCAUUAUCGGGACAGCAGAGGACCCAAGAAGAAGAAAAAGUUUGCAUUAGGAGCUCGGGCAACAAAGGUGAUCGAUUUCUGGAGACUGGUCUGUGGCACUUUCCGCAAGAUUGUGGACAGCAAGUAUUUUGGACAAGGAAUAAUGAUCGCCAUUCUUAUUAACACACUCAGCAUGGGCAUUGAGUACCAUGAACAGCCUGAUGAGUUGACAAAUGCUCUGGAAAUAAGCAACAUCGUCUUCACCAGUUUGUUUGUGCUGGAGAUGCUCCUGAAACUGCUAGUCUAUGGGCCUUUUGGGUACAUCAAGAACCCGUACAACAUCUUUGACGGCAUUAUUGUUGUAAUCAGUGUUUGGGAGAUUGUUGGCCAGCAGGGAGGAGGUUUAUCGGUGCUGAGGACCUUCAGGCUGAUGCGGGUGUUGAAGUUGGUCCGAUUUAUGCCCGCCUUGCAGAGGCAGUUGGUGGUCCUCAUGAAGACCAUGGACAAUGUUGCCACCUUCUGCAUGCUUCUGAUGCUUUUCAUAUUCAUUUUCAGCAUUCUAGGCAUGCACUUGUUUGGGUGUAAAUUCGGCUCUGAGAGAGAUGGAGACACACUUCCCGACCGAAAGAACUUUGAUUCUUUAUUGUGGGCCAUUGUUACAGUUUUUCAGAUCCUGACUCAGGAGGACUGGAAUAAAGUGCUGUACAACGGGAUGGCCUCCACCUCUCCUGUGGCUGCUCUGUACUUCAUCGCCCUCAUGACCUUUGGGAAUUAUGUCUUGUUUAACCUCUUAGUUGCUAUCUUAGUGGAGGGAUUCCAAACAGAGGAAAUUACCAAGCGGGACGAUUUGCAUGGCCAGCUGAGCUGUAUUCAGCUGCCUAUAGACUCAGGGAAAGGCCAUGUUGGAGUGAGGAUAGUCAAGCCCAAUCCAGACACAAUGUCCACAGUGCUCAGUUCUGAUCUUGCAGGUGAUGCCUCAAAGUCGGACUCUGAAGCCGAUAUUUAUGCACGGAGCUUGGAGGAUGUUUCGGGACACAAGAAAGAUAUGUCUGCAUCAUCCGUUGUGCCCAUCAAUGGCCAUGUGGAUCUGAAGAGCAGCCUGACACCGCCUCUGAUCACCCACACAGCUGCCACACCAAUGCCCAUCCCCAAGAUAUCAGGAGGAGGAGAUUCAGCACUGAGCCAAGAGUCCCGCAGAGGCAGCAGUGUCUCCAUGGAGCCUAAUGGCCAAGACAAAUCUCCAUCCAGUGCACGGAGCUCCCCUAAUGCCCCCUUGAGCUCCGCCAGUAGCUGGAACAGCAGACGCUCCAGCUGGAACAGUCUAGGCCGAGCCCCCAGCCUCAAGAGGCAGAAACACCAGUCUGGUGAAAGGCGCUCCUUGUUGUCUGGUGAUGGCCAGUCCAGUUCUGAUGAGGGGGAUGCAGGAGAGAGCAUGGGGGGCAUGUCUGAGGGUGAUGAUGCCUCCCUCGCCAGGACGGACUCGCUGGGCCAGAGGCCUCGACAUAGGCGCAUGGAGUCCCUGGAGACGCGCAGCUCAUUUGAUCUCCAUCCAGACACCCUGCAGGUGCCGUACCCCCACCGCUCCGGCAGCAUACACAGCGCACGGCCACCCAACUUCCUCAGCAACGGCAAGACUUCUCCAUCUGCAGCCACCACACAGCUCUCUUUGGAUGAACACCACAGUGAAGACGACAACGCAGACGAGGAAGGAAACCUGAGUCGCAGGGCUCGUCUGUACAGAUGGCUGGAGCACAAGCAGCCCGAAUGGUGUCGGCAGAGGGUCACCUGGUCCCUUUACCUCUUUCCUCCAGAGUCACGGUUUCGCGUGACAUGCAAUAAAAUCAUCACCCACAAGAUGUUUGACCAUGUGGUUCUUGUCAUCAUCUUUCUCAACUGCAUCACCAUCGCCAUGGAGAGGCCCAGAAUCGACCCCUCUAGCGCUGAACGCAUCUUCUUGACGUUGUCCAACUACAUAUUUACUGCCAUCUUUGUGACCGAAAUGACAAUAAAGGUGGUUGCUUUGGGCUUUUGUUUUGGAGAGAAGACCUACCUGAAGAGCAGCUGGAACAUUCUGGAUGGCAUGCUGGUGAUGAUCUCUGUGAUUGACAUCCUCGUGUCCCUGAUCUCCAACAGUGGCACCAAGAUCCUGGGCAUGUUACGUGUGCUGCGGUUACUGAGGACACUCAGGCCACUCAGAGUGAUCAGCAGAGCUCCUGGACUGAAACUGGUUGUUGAGACAUUGAUGUCGUCUCUUAAGCCUAUCGGAAACAUUGUGGUCAUCUGCUGUGCCUUCUUCAUUAUUUUUGGGAUCUUGGGAGUUCAGCUUUUCAAGGGAAAGUUCUUUGUGUGUCAUGGGGAUGAUACGAGAAACAUCACCAACAAGUCAGAUUGCCUCCUGGCAAACUACAAAUGGGUCAGACACAAGUACAACUUUGAUAACCUUGGACAGGCCCUCAUGUCCCUUUUUGUUCUGGCUUCCAAAGACGGUUGGGUGGAUAUCAUGUACGAUGGACUGGAUGCUGUCGGUGUGGACCAGCAGCCCGUCAUGAAUUACAACCCAUGGAUGCUGCUCUAUUUUAUCUCCUUCUUGCUGAUCGUGGCUUUCUUCGUGCUCAACAUGUUUGUCGGCGUGGUCGUCGAGAACUUUCACAAGUGCAGGAGAAACCAGGAGGAGGAAGAAGCCAAACGGCGAGAAGCGAAGCGCCAGAAACGACGUGAUAAAAAACGAAGGAAUAUAAUGCUGACCGGUGUCAGUUGGUCCAGUCCUGAUCACACACAAGAAGCCCAGAGUAAACCCUUUUACUCCGAUUACUGCCCAACACGACGUCUCAUCUACAACAUGUGCAAGAGCCAGUAUCUGGACCUGUUCAUCACCAUCGUCAUCGCCCUCAAUGUCAUCACCAUGUCUAUGGAGCACUACCACCAACCAAAGGUUUUGAGCGAUUCCCUAAAGAUCUGUAACUACAUCUUCACAGUCAUAUUUGUGCUGGAGUCCAUCUUCAAACUUGUUGCUUUUGGAUUUCGCCGCUUCUUCAAGGACAGAUGGAACCAGUUGGAUCUGGCCAUUGUUUUGUUGUCUAUCAUGGGCAUAACACUGGAGGAAAUCGAGGUCAAUGCUUCCCUUCCCAUCAACCCUACAAUCAUUCGCAUCAUGAGGGUGUUGCGCAUCACUCGAGUUCUAAAGCUACUGAAGAUGGCGGUGGGAAUGCGAGCUCUACUAGACACUGUGAUGCAGGCCCUUCCUCAGGUGGGGAAUCUGGGUCUUCUCUUCAUGUUGCUUUUCUUCAUCUUUGCUGCUCUGGGAGUAGAGCUGUUUGGUGACCUGAUAUGUGAUGAGCUACACCCCUGUGAAGGUCUUGGCCGUUAUGCCACGUUCAAGAAUUUUGGCAUGGCUUUCCUCCUGCUGUUCCGUGUAUCCACCGGGGACAACUGGAAUGGCAUCAUGAAGGAUACGCUCAGAGACUGCUCCCAAGACACCGGUAUAUGCUACAACACGGUGGUGUCCCCCAUUUACUUUGUGUCCUUUGUGCUGACAGCUCAGUUUGUGCUGGUCAAUGUGGUGAUCGCUGUGCUCAUGAAGCACCUAGAGGAAAGCAACAAAGAGGCCAAGGAGGCUGAAGCAGAGGCCGAGCUGGAGCUGGAGCAGGAGAUGGAAGCUUUGGGUAGAGAUAGAGAAAUGCAGAGAGGGCACAUGCCACGUUUGGGUUCUGGCGAUUUGGGUGGGCCAGGAGGGUCACCUUGGAUAUCAAGAGACCAUCGAGACCUGUCAGGACCACUUUACCCCAUAGACAGCCCAACAGCAGACAUACGCAGAGAUUUUGAAGAUCAUUUAAGGACAGAUCCUGAUCCACCUCCGAAUCUGGAGCCACCAUUAGAGCGGAGGCCUAUGUUUGACUCAGUUUCCCUGGUGAUCCAGGGCUCGCUGGAAGGAGAGCUCAGCCUCAUGGACAACCUGUCUGGCUCCAUCUGCCACUACUACGCUCUGCCCCCCCUUCCCAACAAACACUGCACUGAGAAACAGAUUCCUCUAGCCGAGAUGGAGGCUCUAUCUCUGGCAUCGGAGAAAUCCUGGUCCUUAGCUCUGACGGAUGACUCUGUCCCAGAUGAUUUUAACCCCCUCUUACUAACCAGUCAGGAGUGCAAUACCACAGAUCCUUCAGAUCCACCAGACACCCGGCAGGCGGAUGAACCGACGGAUGAACACUUGCUAUCCGUGAAGAAGACCUCAGUGGGCCGCACACAUUCUCUACCUAAUGACAGCUACAUGUUCCUGCCGCUGCAGUCCAACUCAAACCACAGCACCCACACAACCUCACCUCACCUCGCUCAGACAGGGUCUACAGCUUCUGUUCAGUCUCAAACAGAAGAAGCCAGCCAGCACUUGACGGUGCCCAGCGAUCUGUUCAGACCCAUCAGUCCUCACAGUUUAUCAGACUCAGAGAGCAUCCCUCGAAUUCCCCCACCUCGGCGGGCACACACUCUCUCACGCACACUCCGCAGACAGGUGGCAGUGAGUGCUGACUCUCAGGAGACGCUUUACACAGAGGGAGGGGAAGCUGAGGGUCCUCUGGGGCUCAGGGAACUGUCGGACCCCCUUCCACCUCAGCAGCAGCAGCACCAGCCUUCCCUCUUUCUGGUCCCUGCCACACCAGGCGCCUCCCCAAAACCUUCACGACCUAGCGUCCACACGCAGCACAACCCCUACGACCAGUACAAUGUGUUCUCCAGGAGUUCCCACUCUCCACCUGUACCACCACCACCACCAGACUAUAAGAAGCAGGAGGAUGUUGACUCGGUGGAUCAGGAGGUAUCUCGAAUUAUCCGAGCGGGACUCACAGGGAGAAGCGAUGAUGUCAACCGAGAAGGGACAGGAGAUCAAUGUGCAAAACGUCAGCUUAAGAAAUACCAUAGCGUGGACACUCAAGGCCAGCGAGCUCUGCUGUUACCGCGGCCCUUGUCAUGGCUUGAUGACCCACGCCGGCACUCCAUCGAAGUAUGCUCGUCUGUAGAAAGCAGUCCGCAGCGCAGUUCCAUAUCGUCAGGGUUUGUAUCACGAGCCGACAGCCUCCAGCAACAAUCUUCGCCCCGUGGACGCAAGAAGAAGAUGAGUCCACCGUGCAUUUCUGUAGAUCCACCCGAGGAUCCGGAACUUCCGGGAGGAUUCCAUCCUGCUCUGGGGAUUGUGCCACCUCCAUUGCCAAGCCGGGACACUUGCCUGAGGAGGCGCGCUCCCUCCAGUGAAUCCAAGGACUCGUUUGAUUUGGGAGGAGGAGAGGCGCUGCCUCAAGAGGGCGUUCCAAACUCCAAGCUAUUGACUCUGCCUAGCUUCUCUUUCGAGAAAACAAGCUCUGAGCACUGAACAUUGACUCACACGAUCACACAUGCGCACAUGACACAUGAUACACUCGGUGUAUCCGUGAUGGUGAUAGUAAUAGUAAUAAUAUCUUAGAGAGUAAUAAUGCUAAAUGCAACAAUGGUGAGUACUCCAUGAUCAUGAGGAAUAGUAACUAUACCUUGUAUUUUUCUCUACUGCCAAAAGAACACAUAAAGACAUUGCGCUGAGGAUUAAACUAGCUAUUAACAGGACUCUCUCCUCAAAGAUGUCAGCGGUUAUGAUGGCAACCUCAAGACCUCCUGGUGGAGGUCAGCGUAGAGCUCGGAGAAGGGCAAGGCGUCCCCCUUCUGGCCAUCGUGAAGACUUCACAGCACUGUAUUGCUGAACUCCCUAAAGGGCACUGAUGAAGGUACAAAGCAAUAUGAACGUUUUAGAGACACUAUUUUCUUAAAUUAUUGGGCCAUAGUGUUUGUAAAGGAUGUAGAAUUUCUUUUUUCAAUUGCGUUAUGGUUUUAUGUGUCUUUUUGUGAUUUCUCUUUUACUCAAUGUUUCAAACGUUUGUUGUUUGCUUUAUUUUUUCACCAUAGGAUAUUUUUAGCUUUCUUGUUUUAACGAAGACAAAAAAGGAAACAUUUUUUCAAAGUGCCGGGAUCCAUGUAUUUGUAGAAAUAUUUAUAUUAUUAUUAUUAUUAAUAUUAAUAAUAAUGAUAAUAAUAAUGACGAUUAUAUAUCUCUUUAAAAUAAAGCAUUAAACAGCUAUUUGAUUUUUAAGCACAAGUAUUAAACUGGUGUGCCCUGACAAAAGAAUGCAUA